CAGUUCAACAGUCAAGCGUGCUAGUUUUCUUGUCAUUGGCGCAGCAGUUGCCGCUGUCGGCCAUGGACGUGGUUGUAAAUCUUACCUCUUUAACGGCAUUGUCGAUACGUUCUCUGCGUCAGUACGAGAGCCAAUAUGCCUUACAACAUUGCUAUGAUCAGUGACUUUUUCUUCCCACAGCCAGGUGGUGUUGAAAGUCACAUCUACCAACUAUCAACCGUAUGAAUACCCUCUUGCUAUCCCGCAUGCGAUGCACGGCGCUCAUAUAUCCCAGAAACUGAUCGAUCGUGGUCACAAAGUCAUCAUCGUCACACAUGCCUAUGAAGGACGGACUGGAGUUAGGUAUCUCACCAAUGGGCUCAAAGUAUACCAUGUCCCUUUUUUCGUCAUAUACCGGGAGACGACUAUGCCCACCGUUUUCUCGUUCUUCCCUAUGUUUCGAAACAUUGUGAUCCGCGAGCAGAUACAGAUUGUGCAUGGCCACGCCAGUUUGAGUAGUUUCUGCCAUGAAGCCAUCCUUCAUGCCCGGACUAUGGGAUUGCGGACGGUGUUCACGGAUCAUUCCUUGUUCGGGUUUGCUGACGCUGGGUCGAUCCUUACGAACAAGCUACUAAAAUUUACUCUGAGUGAUGUUGACCAUGUCAUUUGUGUCAGCCAUACUUGCAAGGAAAAUACGGUUCUUAGGGCAUCUUUGGAUCCUCUUAUGGUUUCUGUAAUUCCCAAUGCCGUGGUUGCAGAGAAUUUCCGUCCCUUAUCGUAUGGUCGCGAAAAUGGCCGACCACUGCCGCAGAUCGGGCCAAACGAUACAAUUACGAUUGUCGUAAUCUCGCGCCUCUUCUACAACAAGGGUACCGAUCUUUUGAUAGCCGCCAUUCCACGGAUUCUCGCUUCCCAUCCCAAUGUGCGUUUUAUUAUCGCAGGCUCUGGCCCCAAAGCCAUCGAUCUACAGCAAAUGCUGGAGCGGAACGUGCUACAGGAUAAGGUUGAGAUGAUCGGCUCCAUCCGACACGAGGAGGUGCGCGAUGUCAUGGUACGCGGACAUAUCUACCUCCAUCCCAGCUUAACGGAAGCGUUUGGUACAGUCAUAGUUGAGGCCGCUAGCUGUGGGCUCUACGUGGUGUGUACUCGUGUGGGUGGCAUUCCAGAGGUGCUACCCCAGCAUAUGACGACGUUUGCCAAGCCCGAAGAGGACGAUCUAGUUAUAGCCACAGGAAAAGCGAUCGCGGCGCUUCGUGCUAAUAAAGUGCGCCCGGAUCGAUUCCACGACCAAGUCAAAAUGAUGUACUCGUGGACCGACGUAGCCCGGCGGACUGAGCGAGUAUAUAAAGGUAUCCGCGGCGACAUCAGCCAGGAAGAAUUUUACGGCUAUUACCCCGGCCAGGGCUGGGAAGCCAACGGAGAUAGGAUGCGGAGUUUCGCAUUAAUUGACCGGUUGAAACGCUACUACGGCUGCGGAGUCUGGGCUGGGAAAUUAUUCUGUCUCUGUGUGGUGAUCGAUUUCCUGAUCUAUGUCUUCCUGGAGAUGUGGUUUCCGCGUGCAAAUAUCGACAUUGCACGUAGCUGGCCUAAGAAGUCAGCCCAGCGAGAUGAGCGAGAUGAGCGCCCCCAACCCCACGCUGGCCGUAAUGGGGAUUCGGGUUCUUGAUAAUUCACCGUAGCUCAGUUGAUCGUGCAUAUGCCUUUUUGUAUUAUUUGUUUCACUCGAUGUGUUUUUAUUUCUACGAAGAUAUAAUAUCCGCACCGUGAUACCCAUGCUAAUAGUUAACUAAUCAGACAUGCAAGCAAAAAUGUCACAAUGCACUUUUGGUUUUCUGCUUAAGGCAGGCUAAUGCCGUGCAGCCUCCGUCCUCUUGGUCCCAGGCUCAUACUUCCACUCUUUAGCCACGGUCUCUGCAGACUCAGGCUGGAUGUCCUCAGCUCCAAGUACGCCCUUGUCUCCAUGACGUCCGCUGCUAUUUUGCUCCCGCUCAAUCCCACGCUGAUCAGCAAGCGUCCGCUCAAACUUGUCCUCGCGAUAGGCACCGACACCUUCAAGACCGGAAGGCUGCUUCUUCCUCCCAUGUGCACCCUCAUGUCGGGCCUCAGUCCGCGACUGGUUGGCGCCGGGAUAGCCGAACCCCUUAUAGACAUCCUUGGACGUGGCGCCCAUCAGCGCAUCCUCGGGUUUGGUGCGAGUUGACUGUUUGCCGUGGCUUCGAUCCAUGAGAUCGUUGAACCCCUGGCCCCCCGAUUCGCCUUCGACAUUAGGCGUGUAGGUUGCAUCCUUGGGUGCUGUGCCUGGUGGGUAGGUCUCGGCGUGAAAUUCAGGGGCGCCGUCAGCUGGGCUGGCCUUGACGCCUAGAUGAUGCUGGUUUGUUUGUUAGUUAUUGCUGUUUCGAUCUCCAAUGAAGAAAUGGACACACUUUUUCGCCACUCAAUGGUGCUGUUGUUUUUACGCCAGGGUGGAAUUCUCCCUGCUUGGGAGUUGCAACGGCAUCGAUGUUUCUGAGUUCGCUCAUGAUGAAGUUGAAGAUGGUAAUACUAUGAUAUGACUUGGGUUCGUAUGUAACUGGCGAGUGAUGGGGAAGAAAGUCUGCGAAGCGUGGUUGUAACAAUCGCAACCACAACAGUCUCUGGAGUCUCUUAUACCUACUUCGAGCUGCGAAUAUGAAUUAUCAAGUUCUCUAUGUUAUCCUUCGAACAGAAGCGACUUGGAAGCAAGGGCAGGGUAUGACGUCAAGCUGAUCGUGGUUGACUUCAUAGCCAUCUCAUGGCGGUGGUUCCAGGACGCCAUACGCAUCAGCCAUGGCCGAUAUGAUUGGAAUAUCUGAGACGCGGAGGUGAGAUCUCCAUCCAUGGUUGCGUUGGUUGGUUUUCAUCUUUGCUGCUGCCGCUGGUGGUGCGGACGAUAUGACACCUACGAUCUGCAGGGAGCAUUCUCUCUUGGGAUAUACUGUGCAUGCGAGGAAGGGAGAUGAAUAACUUGGAUUCAUGUUUCCGUGACAUUGUAACGUCAACGCUGUGGUUAACCAUGUCGGUGGCCUUUCUCAGGGCGUACGAGUAGCUCACGUUUCCGAGACAGGCUAAUAGAGAGCAUCGUACUAAUCACUCGGGAUGACCUGCGUCCUGGGUAUCCUCUGAUGAUCUAGACGGGGCGUUUCCCAGGAGAAUGUUGUAUGAACGCCACAAUUAUGACAGGAACAUGUGAAUGAUCCUGUCCAACUGCUAGACAACUGCUAGACAACUGCUAGUCAACUGCUGAGAUAGAGGG